ACACUAUGAACGUACAUCGUGGGAAUGGACACUCAAGGAGUGUACUUCUCGGUGGAUGUGUUGAAAUUCUGGCGGGCGAUUUUGAAAAAGAAAGCAGUCCGUGUCUGCGCAAGACGACCAUCGAUCGCCUUUCGUGCGUACAGUUAUGUCGAAAUGCCCUGCGUCUACUCCCCGGUUGAUUUUUCACUAUGGAACGUAUUCUCGAAAGUGUCCAAAUCACUUUUGGAACGGGUCGUCCUCCUCCACGUGUUCGGAGAACGGGGCAGCAGCGCGAUUUUCGUCACAGAAGACGACGUCGUGUACGGUAUCGGGAGCAACAUAAGAGCCAUAGAUGCAUUCAAGCUGUUCAGCAUCAAACCGGACAUGUUCGGCUUUCUCGGUAUAGGUCAGACUGUGCAUACCAGCACACCAGUCGAGAUACGGGAACUGAGCCGGAACAGGAUCAUCUGCUUCAGCUCCGGUCUCGACCAUACCCUCGGCCUUUCCUCCACCGGCGACCUCUGGGUCUGGGGAAAGAACGACCUCCACCAGCUCGGAAACUUCCACACUGGCACGAUCAACAGGCCGUUUUUAAAGUUUAAAAAUCAAAUCAAAUCCAUUGCAACUGGGGACAAUUACAGCCUCGUGUUGCUCAACAAUGGAAUGGUCAUGCACUGGGGAACUUUGAAAACCGAGAAAGAAGUCAUAGCCAUACCCACUGUGCUUAAUUUCCCCGAAUAUAGAACAUCCGUUGGUACGACCGUAUUACAGAUCGCAUCCGGUUGUAAUCAUGCAGCAGCUCUCGGCAUCAACGGUGAGGUUUACAUAUGGGGUGACAAUUCGGAAGGACAGUUGGGACACGGUUUCGGUAAAGGGUUUUACGAUAUUCCCGUUCUUUUUACGACAGAAGACCUCAGAGUCGAGACCAUAGGGUGCGGUUCGACAGCGACUUUCGUCCUCUACGACAACGGCGAUCUAGGAUCUUUAGGAUGCGUCGGUGACCUGUGCAAGUUCAAAUCGCAAGUCAAAGACUUCACGGUGACCAACCGAGAACAGAUCCUCUGCGUCCAGACCGUGGACGGGUUCCAUUAUUUCACCGUAAUAAGCUCGGAUAAAAUGUUCAGCGUACGGCCCGUCUCUGUGAAAGGGAAGAACUGGCAGAACGUCUUCGGAGGUAAGUGCACGCCUCAGUUCAUCAGGCAGAGAUAUAAGACGGUCGAGAUCUUGCCUCCCAUGCCGAAAAGGGACAUUGGAAAUAAACUCUACGACAAUAAAGACAUGAGCGAUUUGACCAUACUGCUUAGAGACGGCGAGGUCUACGUGCAUAAGCUCAUCAUGAAAACAUUCUGCCAGCAUUUCCAAAGGAUGAUCUCGGACGACAUCGAUACGAUCGACAUACAAGUCUACAAUCCCAACUCUUACAGAGCGUUUCUGAAGUAUAUCUAUACGGGGUCGAUCCCACCUUUAGAUGUAAUAGAACUGGUCGAAUUGUACGGAAUUGCUUUCUCUUAUGAGGAAGACGAGCUUAAAAACAUCGCCCGGCACCUGUUCAAGACUCAGCUUUCCAACGAGAACGUACUUGUGGCGAAUGAGGCCGCUAAAGGGUCCGGAUGGGACGAGCUGGCCGAGAUUUGCACAGAGUACGCCAGCCUCCAGCUGGACAGGACGGGAUUGGAAGGAAGAGAAGAGCUGGCCGUUUCGUUGGGAAAGAUCCUGCUCACGGUAGAAGGGGUCGCGACCACCUACAACUUCGCCCAGGAAUCGAAUUUGAAUAAUUUGAAAGAGCUCUGCUGCCAAUUCGCGUCAGAGAACUGGGACAGGGUCGUCCUUUCCAAGAGUUUCGAACUCCUAACACCCCAGACUAGGUGCGAUUUCAUGAAAGACUCAGCCAAAAUUAAAACCCAAUCGGACCUCUUUACAUAAACAAUAAUGAACUGUGUACAAAUCAUAUUAAAUUAAAAAGUUUAAUGUUUUA